GCGGCGCUAAUGUAGAUGGAGUGAAUUCAAAUCGCUACGGCAUUGGACUCGGUUCAUCUUUGAAUCAACUUAAACAAAGAUUCCAUUGCGAGGCAAAUUUAAAUGGGUUUUAGUCGAUGAGUCAGUUUGGUGGUUUCGAGAUGGAAGGCAAUUGCAAAUCAAUUCAGUGUGCUUUGCUACAGUGUUUUGGUCACAACGAUGGAAUACAUUAAAAUCGUGAAGAAAAUCCGCAAAACAUCGGAAUAUGAUGUUUACAAGGGACGACACAUUCUCACCAACCGGCUGGUCAUCUUGAAGGAAACCAGCCAUAGUGUUGCGACAGAAGGAAUACCAGGCUCAGCCAUACGUGAAAUAUCGUUGUUGAAAGAGCUCAAACAUCCAAACAUUGUUCGUUUGCAAAAUGUCUUUUGGAAUCGGAUGACCAUUGCACUUCAAUUCGAAUACAUACCAAUGGACUUGAAAACAUACAUGGUUCGAUUGCCUGGCAAUUUUGUCUUUCCACAAGCAGUGAUUCAAAGCUACUUAUAUCAAAUUGCAACCGGCAUCGCCUAUUGCCAUCAACGUCGUAUAUUUCAUCGCAAUUUAUGCCCGCAAAAUAUAUUGAUCACUCGCAAGGGUGUGAUUAAGAUUACUGGAUUUGAUGCAGGUCGUGCCUUUGAAGUAGCUCAGAAGGUGUAUACACGCAAUGUGACUGUUUUAUGGUAUCGAUCGCCUGAGAUUCUUUUGGGCACAAGUCAAUACACGCCAAAAAUUGACAUCUGGUCCAUCGGCUGCACAUUUGCUGAAAUGUUUCAACGCAAACCGCUGUUCCAAGCUGAUUCUGAGAUUGGACUAAUGUACAAAAUUGCUGGAGUGUUGGGAGCACCAGAUAAGCAAACAUGGCCCGAGGUCGCACAUUUGCCGUACUAUUUCUCUGGUUUGCCAGUGAACAAAGAAAACCAUCUCAAGUCGAUUAUCAAAGGUGCCAAAAAUGUGGAGAUCCAUUUGAUGAAGCAAAUGUUUAAAUUCAAUCCACUGGAUCGUAUUUCGGCAAAACGAAUCCUUGAGCAUCAAUACUUUUUGAAUUUCAACAAGAAUCUACGUAUACCGACCAUUCUGUGAGUGACAUACUG